UGUGUGUAUAUAUAUAUAUAUGUAUGUAUGUAUAUUGUAUGUGUUUAUAUAUAAGUAUUGAAUCACACAAUCUGAGCACCUUCAAACAUUUGGCCCUUAUCUUCCUCGAGAUGUUCUUCCCUUUGCUCUUUAAAUCACAAUCAUUUCUAUUUCCCAUUUCUCGAUAAGAAUUUCUGCCUUCUCAUUUCCCAAUCUUCACGUUGUCAUUGUCCGGGGUUAUAUAUAUUAUAUAUGUAUGUAUAUAUAGUCCAAUCUCCUGAAGGAACUGUCCAAAUCCGUGCGAUUAGGCCGUUGCUGUUCCAGUUUCAGCUGUUUCAAUUGAUGUAUUUGUGUUGAUAUAAACGUUGUAUAGUGACUAAUUAUCAGCAGGUGGCGGUGGAAGGAGGCGGAAUGGCGGCGGUUGUGGUGAGGGAAUAUGACGCGAAUAAGGAUAGUCGAGCGGUUGAGGAAGUGGAAAAUCGGUGCGAGGUUGGCCCCAGCGGAAAACUGUCUCUCCAUACCGACCUGUUAGGGGAUCCGAUUUGCAGAGUUCGUAAUUCCCCUGCGUUUCUGAUGCUGGUGGCGGAGACGGCGGCGUCGGGCGAAGAAGAGGGGGAAAUAGUGGGGAUGAUCAGAGGCUGCAUCAAAACCGUCACGUGUGGAACGAAGCUCUCGCGGAACGGCAAAAAUGGAUCGAAUAAACCGCCGGAACAGCUCGCCGUCUGCACCAAACUCGCCUACAUCUUAGGCCUCCGCGUUUCACCUUCUCACAGGAGAAUGGGAAUCGGAUUGAAGCUCGUACGGAAGAUGGAGGAAUGGUUUCGAGAAAAUGGAGCUGAAUAUUCCUACAUGGCGACGGAGAAGGACAAUGAAGCCUCCGUGCAGCUCUUCACUCAGAAGUGCGGUUACUCCAAAUUCCGGUCGCCGGCGAUCUUAGUUCAGCCAGUCUUCGCUCACCGAUUCAAGCUCAGCAAACGAAUUUCAAUCAUCAAACUCACCUCCGCCGACGCCGAGGCGCUCUACCGCCGGUAUUCCUCAACAACAGAGUUUUUUCCGCGCGAUAUCGAUUCGAUCCUAAACAAUAAGCUCAACCUCGGCACUUUUCUCGCCGUUCCGGCGAGAUCGACGUACUCCAAGUGGUGGCCGGGCGCGGCGGCGUUCCUGCUCGACCCGCCGGAGUCGUGGGCCGUGCUCAGCGUCUGGAACUGCAAGGACGUGUUUACACUCGAGGUCCGCGGCGCGUCGCGCUUGCGGUUAGCCCUGGCGAAGGCCACGCGCAUCGCGGACCGGGUUUUUCCCUGGUUACGCCUCCCAUCGAUUCCCCAAGUCUUUAGACCGUUCGGUUUUCAUUUUCUUUAUGGGCUUGGAGGGGAAGGCCCAAAUUCGGCCCAAUAUAUGAGGGCCCUUUGUGGGCUGGCCCAUAACAUGGCCCAAGAGCGCGGCUGCGGCGUAGUGGCCACUGAGGUCGCCAGCCGGGAGCCGCUCAGGUUAGGAAUCCCACACUGGAAGAGUCUAUCGUGCGCGGAGGACUUGUGGUGCAUUAAGCGGUUCGGGGAAGACUACAGUGACGGGGCAGUCGGUGACUGGACAAAGUCACCGCCAGGGCUCUCCAUUUUUGUUGAUCCCAGAGAGUUCUAAUAAUACAAAUACUAAUAAAUAUAUAAUUAAUUAUAAUUAUUAUAAUCUGAGUAGGCUUAUCUGUGUAGUUGUAGUAUGCAUGUAUGUAUCUUCUAUAUUACAAAAUUUAUCGUCUUUUUUGUUUUGUACCAACCUAGUACAUGCAUGAGUCUUGUAAUAUAAAUAAUAAUAAUGCAU